UGAACGUGUGUAAGAAUGCAAGGUCAUAUACAGUACACCCCCAUCCCCCCCUCCUCUCCCAUCCUUGUCAUUAACUUAUCUUUAUGUUUAGGUAUCCUGGCCCUAGGCUCCUCUGUUCCUCAGCGUUUACGUCAGGGACGUCAAGGGUCUUCCCGCCAGGGUCGCCAAGGAACUUCCUACCUCCCUCCAGCAGAUGAACCCCUUCCCUCUGCCUCCAACCAAGCCCCGAGUGAGACUUAUGGUGCUGCUUCUGAGGAUAUCCAAGCAUAUGAUGAUGCUCCUUUAAGUAGUUACGGAGCAGCUGAUGAAUCAAUUGCUCCAGCUGACAGUUAUGGAGCUGCAUCCGAAGAAGCUAUUCCGGCCCCAGUUGACAAUGUAGAAGCUGAUCUUCGAUCUGAUGAUUUUGCUGAGGCACCUGUUGAUAACUAUGGUGCUGCCUCUGAACUGGAUUCCGCUGCUGCAGAGGAAGCCUAUGAUGAUUAUGAUCCUUCUGAUGUUCCCACUGAUCAGGCUGCUCCCCCAACCUAUACAGGCUCUAAUGUCAGUGAUGAGCCUGAAGGAGAUACUGGAAUCAAAAUGUUGAUGAAUGCUGUUCCCGGCGUACCUGGAGAAGACUACCCAAUUUAUGGUGAUAUUCCUGAAACUGCUUUCUCUUGUGAUGGUCAAGUAGAUGGAGGUUACUAUGCUGACUCUGGAGCUGAAUGCCAGGUAUUCCAUAUCUGCACUGCUGAUGGUCAAGGAGGUCUUGCCAAGUACAGCUUCCUCUGUCCUAAUGGAACCAUCUUUAACCAGAACUACUUCAUCUGCGACUGGUGGUUCAACUUUGACUGCUCCGAAGCUGAAGCUAUUGCUUCAGAAAAGAAUUCCGAGCUUGCUGCUGCCCGAGCUGAAGCAUCUGAGGCUGCUGCUGAUGCUAGUAACGAUGUUCCCACUUAUGCUGAUGCUAGCAACAAUGUUCCAUCUUAUUCUGAAGCUGAUACUUUCAGUGCAGAUGCUGGCUAUGGAGCCCCUGAAGCUGCAGAUGCGUUUAGCCCGGAAGAAGGAUAUGGAGCACCAGAAGCCGCAGAAGCUAUCAGUCCUGAGGUUGGAUACGGAGCACCUGAGGCAUCUGAUGCUUUCAGUCCUGAAGAAGGAUAUGGUGCUCCUGAAGCAUCUGAUUCUCUAGCAUCCUACGGUCAGGCUGCAUACGCUGGACGUGUAUAAUCAGUGUGUAUAUCUCUACCCUGCAAUCAACAUUGGAUAUCCCCCUAAUGGCACGGAUUCAAAUGGAUCUUUGAAUGCAGACCCAGAUGUGCUUGUGGCAUUAAACCAAGUUCUAGUCUCUCUUUGUUGUAAUUUAUUGACCAAGUUUAUUUAUUGGAAAAUUGCGGAUCUUAUCCUGCUCCUGACCACGCGGGUAAAAUGAUAAAUGAAUGGGUCUAAGUGCACCAAUAAAUAUAUUUAUAAUGAACCCUG